GAUGAAAAAGCGGUUUAUUUUAUAAAAAUUGACAAGAAAUAAUACACAAUAAGCAUUAAAACCAACUAGUAUUAGCACAUGAAUUAAUGUACGUAAAUAACGAAAUUAAUUUGUCCACUAAAUGUUACAAAAUCUAAUCUUAACGAAAUAAAAGUUAAAACAAAUGGCCAUCAAAUAAAUGUAAACAAUACCUACGUAAAAUUUUACAAACAAAAAAUUGUUUCCGCUUAACAAAAAACUUUUUUUCAUUGAUACAUUUAACGGAUAUUAGUGAUUGUUGCAGCUAUUGACCUGUGCAAAGGGUAACCCAAUGACUACGAAAAAUGAGCCAGUAUCCCACCGCACAGAGCCAGGGCACAGAGUCACCGGGGAGUCCAAAUAUAUUCGAAGAACCGGAGCAAAGCUUCGCAGCAGCAGAGAAUGACAACCAGAUAGAUCUGCCAUCGACUAGUCGAAACCAUGAUCACGAUCCCUCCGAGGGUCCGUUAGAUGUGCCCAGCGAUGAGCCCAUACAAAUAGACUUGGCCGGUCCCUUGAGGUACGACAACGAUGACAGCAACGACACGGUGCUGAACAUCAUCAUUAACGGACCAGGACACCUCCCGGCUCAGAGCGAGGACAGCAACCUCACCGCAUUCAGCGAUGAGAGCACGAGACAAUCUAUAAAUGAAGAUUCGAAUAGUUGCGCUUCGAUCAGAUUGAACCCCAGGCCCCCUGAUGACAUCGAACCCCCAGCCAAACUCAGGAAGAUGAACGAAGUCGAAGAGGUCGACGGCGAAACCUGCCCGAUUUGCUUGGACUCGUGGGGUAACUCCGGUGACCACAGGCUAGUAGCACUGCGAUGCGGUCACCUUUUCGGUUCAGAGUGUGUGGAGCGCUGGCUAAAGGCUCAGAAACUAAAAGACAGAACGUGCCCGACCUGCAAGGGGAAGGCCAACUUGAAAGACCUGAGGUUCAUAUACGCGAGGCGCUUGGUAGCGGCGGACACUUCUCAAAUUACGGCUCUACAAAAACAAGUUGAGAUUCUUCAAUCAGACAAGAGCAGAACCGAACUGGAAUUAGAAAAGAUGAAGAUAGCACAUCGCGCUUGCGUGCAACAGCUCGAGGGCCUACGGAGCACCCUAAUGAAGUCUCAAUCUAACAAGGAGCAGCCUUCCAGGAAGUCCUGGAGGUUCGCCUUGGAGAAGAACCUUGAAAUAUGCAAGGACGGAGGCUGCAGAGUCCUGACCUACAACUGCCGGACCUACGAGUUGUAUGUGUCCCAGAAGAGCGUCAACUAUCUCUUCCCUGGAUUCGGGAUAAGGAAGAUCAGCUGUGUCGACUACAAGCUGGGGCAGUUCGUCCAUCUGCACCCGAAGCCGAUCCGCGACAUCACGUACUCCCAGCACCGGGACCUGCUGCUGAGCGUGGCCCUGGACAGCACGGCGCGGAUAGUCGAGCGCGGCAUCCUCAGCGUGACGGUGAACUCGGGCAUGCCGCUCUGGUCCUGCUCUUGGGACAACUUGCGCAGCAACGAGUUCUACGUAGGCGGCGUCGGAGGCGUGAUCCACCACUAUGACGUCAGAAACCCUAGCACCUACUUACGGAUGCUGAGCUCUCCGGGGGACCUGUCACCAGUUGUGUCUUUGUGUUCUACAGAAUAUGGUCUCUUGUCGUGCCAGUUGAACUCAUCGAAGCUGUGGGCGGUGAACACAAGGCAGUGUGAGCCGAGGGUCUUGCCCGUGGAAGGAUCGUUCAUGUCUCUGGCCUAUGAUAACGCGUCCCAACGCGCCGUCAUAGCGUCCAGACCGAGUUCGAAUGGUCUAGAAAGAUCUAAGUUGAGCGUCUGUAAAUUGAAACCGAGCAUACCGAACGGCGAAGUUAUUUGUGACGUGGUAGAAACAUUCUCGGGGUCGCUCAGGUCCUCGUUGAUGUCCAAAGUGGCCUGGGUGAGGUUAGCGAGCUCUGCGUGGGUCGCCGCUCAUUCUGAAAGCGAUUCAGCGCUUUAUUUGCACGGCGUCGACGGCACGCGGACCAUGUCCCUGCCUGCGUCGGAGCCCGCGCUGGACGUGUGCUCGGUCGAGACGAACGGAAGCAAUAUACUGGCGGCUCUGUCAGAGUCCCGGCUCAGGCUGUACAAGGCGGUCCCCACCAAUACGUGACACGAUUACAUCAUUCCAUAUUAAUGUAACUUUUAUAUUGCUUGACGACGUUGUAGCGUUCAAAUUGUCUUGACAGCUGUCAUUUUUGACAAGAGUCAUGAAAAAUUAAAUUGAGUGCUUGUUGUCUCUUUUGCUCCCGAAGCUGUGACUUCAGCAUGCAGCGUCUAUGGUCACUUGCUUAUAACAGCGCGCUAAGUACUUUGAUUUGUAUAAAUAUAAUAAUUCUUAAAUGAUAUUUUAGACUUUGUAAUAUAAUUUAUAUUUAAAAUG